UAUUAUGAACUAUUGUGGUAAUGACUGAGUUUCUCUCUUUUGUGAAUGAGAUGACUCUUUGGCCUCAUGGGAACUUUUAAUAAUAGUAUGUAUUACUUGCGUUUUAGGUGAGUUGACUCAUGUUCUGAAUCUUUCCAAACCAAAAGUGAUAUUUUGCUCCAGCAAAACAAUCGACAAAAUGUUGAAUAUUCUACCGCAACAUCCUCACAUACAAAAAUUAGUUUUAUUCGGAAACGAACAAGUCCGUUCCGAAAAUGUCGUCAGAUACCAAGACAUUGUAAAUGGCGCCGAUUCAGAGGAAGUCGACGAGGAAUACAGCGUGACGUCAUUGGACCCGAAAGAAGCCGUCGCCACCAUUUUGUGUUCCUCGGGAACCACCGGCAUGCCUAAAGGUGUGAUGUGUACGCACGAUAGUAUGACAGCUUACAUUGACAUUUCCAGGAAUAUAAUGGGCGAUAUAGUGGAUAAUGACGAUCCUAGUGACGCAAUGAUGGGACUUAUACCUUUUUUCCACUCGUUCGGUUUCAUGUUGAUGUUCUUGAAUCUUUUGAGAGGUAAAACGAUGGUGGUCCUCGGUAAAUUCAAGCCGAAGAUAUUUCUCGAUGCCGUAGUAAAUUAUAAGGUUGCUAGGUUGAUAGUUCCUCCCCCCGUUUUAUUAUUUUUGCUAAAAAGUCCCAUGGUGAAAAACUAUGAUUUGUCCUGUAUCAAAGAGAUGCGAAGCGGAGCAGCUCCGAUGGGCAAAGAUAUGGAAAAAGAACUAAAAAGCAGGUUCAGAGUGAAACACGUUUCCCAAGGUUACGGCAUGACCGAAACGACAUUAGGAGUGCUCGUUUCACCUCACGGUAAAAGUAAAAUCGGAUCGUGCGGUAAAAUUGUUCCCGGAAUGAUGGCAAAGGUCAUAGACGAAGCCGGCAACCCUCUACCCGCGUACAAAGAGGGCGAGGUCUGCUUCAAGGGCCCGUUGAUCAUGAAAGGGUACGUCGGCGAUGCCAAAUCCACCCUAAACACAAUCGAUAAGGACGGGUGGUUGCAUACGGGCGACGUUGCCUACUACGAUGAUGACGGGUACUUUUUCAUCGUCGACAGGAUCAAGGAGCUGAUCAAGUACAAAGCUUUCCAGGUAGCCCCUGCAGAAUUGGAAGCAUUGCUGCUGACCCAUCCUGCCGUUCAAGAUUCAGCAGUUAUAGGACUGCCAAAUGAGGAGGCUGGAGAGUUGCCUUUGGCUUUCAUCGUGAAAAAAUCUGGGAGAAACAUAACGGAAAGGGAAAUCGAACGAUUCGUUGAAGAUAAUGUUUCGCCUCAGAAAAGGCUGAGAGGUGGAGUGAUAUUUCUGAAUGAAAUACCUAGGAAUCCAACAGGAAAGAUACUCAGAAGAGUGCUGAGAGAGAGAGCAGUGAAACUGGUAUCAAAAUUGUAG